AUGAGCCAAUACACUCUCACUGGGUUCGACGCCUCCGCUCAUAUGAGCGAGGAAACCAAGAAUGCGGACGUCAGCGGUCCGCUCGGCAUUCUCCUCGCGAUCGGGGUCUCCUUCGUGGUGGGGUUGGCCUACAUUCUGGCGCUUCUCUUCAGCAUCCAGGACCCCGCCUACCUAGUAGACGCCAGCAACGAGACCGGGGGCUAUGCGGGCGCGCAAGUCUUCUUUGACGCCUUCCACGCACGCUACGGCAGCGGCACGGGCGGGAUCGUGUCACUGGGGAUCAUCAUCGGCGCCGUCUUCUUCUGCGGCCUCGGAUCCGUCACCAGCAGCUCGCGCAUGGUGUGGGCCUUCAGCCGCGACGGCGCUCUGCCGUUGUCCCCUGUGUGGCACCACGUGAACCCAAUCUUCAAGGUGCCGGUUAACGCGGUCUGGCUCAUCUGCCUCCUGGCCUUUCUCCUGGGUCUGCCGUCGCUUCACAAUACCGUCGCGUUCCUCGCCGUGACGUCAAUCGCCGUCAUCGGGCUGUACAUAAGCUAUGGGCUGCCCAUCUUGUUCAAGCUGUUGUUUGCGCGCAAGACGUUUGUGCGGGGGCCGUUCCACCUCGGGCCGUUCUCAGACAUCAUUGGAAUCGUGGCGAUCCUCUGGAUCUGUUUCAUCACGGUCAUCUUUGUUCUGCCGACGGCAUACCCUGUGACCGAGUUGAACCUCAACUACGCUUCAGCGGCGGUUGGGGGGACAAUUGUUCUGGCCGGGGGCUAUUGGCUUAUUGACGCGCGCCGUUGGUUCAAGGGGCCGAUUGCGAACGUCACCACGGAUACUUACAGAUCAGCGGACGGAAAGAUGUAGAUUGAUACUUGUCAAAAGCUUGUUCAUUUAUUGAAUAUUAGUAUGGGUCGUCAGGUAAGAAUUGGAGGGUUGCGUUGUUCCCAAAGGCGCUUGCAAAGAUGCGACGGGCCGUUGUAGUAAGAACAGCGGCUGCGACUGCCGAAACUUAAAGAGUAGAGAAAUGCACAGUGACUCGAGGUUCGGGUCAGCUUCUAGGUACAAAUCUGGCCCGAUAUCGCGGUGCUUGGCUAUGCAACCAGUCGCGAAGUGUACAGGACUCGCGGGGGCACGUACGUCGGUAAGAAUCGAGUACAAAUGGGCUACGUACAUUGAGGAAACAUCUGGGCUCUUAGUACUGUUGGUCAAGUAUAAGCCAGAACUCAGCAAGGCAGAUUACAGCGAACGUGGCGUAUAAGGCCCAAGCUGCAUGCAUUUUGUCCAUGUAACUUGAUCAUCAUUUGACUCAC